AUGGCCGAAACCACACCCUCCGCAGCGCAACCAGCACCCCCCUCCGGCUCUGAUCAGCCGGUCGCCAUCGUCUGCGUCGGCAUGGCCGGCUCGGGCAAGACGACCUUCAUGCAGCGCAUAAAUUCGUACCUCCACUCCAAGCGCACACCCCCCUACGUCCUGAACCUCGACCCGGCAGUACGAACCGUGCCUUUUGACUCCAACAUCGACAUCCGGGACAGCGUGAACUACAAGGAGGUCAUGAAGCAGUACAACUUGGGGCCGAACGGCGGGAUCCUUACGAGUCUGAACCUCUUCGCUACCAAAAUCGAUCAGAUACUGGGGUUGCUGGAGAAGCGAUGCGGGCCGCCGACGCAGGAGGAGAAGGCGGCGGGGAAGAAAGGUAUACAGAACAUACUGGUGGAUACGCCCGGGCAGAUUGAGGUGUUUGUGUGGUCUGCGUCGGGCGACAUCCUGCUCUCUUCUAUCGCGUCCUCGUUUCCCACGGUUAUUGCGUACAUCAUUGACACGCCUCGUACGGCCAGUACCUCGACCUUCAUGUCAAACAUGCUGUAUGCGUGCAGCAUACUGUACAAGACGAAGCUGCCUAUGAUCCUGGUCUUCAACAAGACGGACGUCAAGGAUGCAGAGUUUGCCAAGGAAUGGAUGACGGACUUCGAAGCGUUUCAGGCAGCGUUGCGGCAAGAGCAGGAGACCGGCAGCUAUGGUGGGGCUGAAGGAGGCGAGGCGGGAGUAUCCGGACUGGGUGGGGGAAGUGGGUAUAUGGGCAGCCUGCUGAACAGCAUGUCUCUGAUGCUGGAGGAGUUCUACAGUCAUCUGAGUGUAGUGGGUGUGAGUAGCAUGACUGGUCAGGGCGUCGACGAGUUCUUUGAGGCGGUGCAGGAGAAGAAGGCGGAGUUCCUAAGGGACUACAGGCCCGAGCUCGAGAGGCGGCAGAAGGAGAGGGAGAAGGAGAAGGAGACAAGGAGGGAGAAGGAGCUGGACAGGCUGAUGAAGGAUAUGGCUGUUGGCGGGUCCAAGAAGAGGUCGGGUCAGAAAGAGGAACCAGAGACCAUAAGUGAUUUGGAGGAUGAGGACGAGGAUGAUGCCGGAGGGGAGAUGCUGGAGCCGGAUGAUGUGGAUCCUGAUGCCGAGGACACUGACGACAAGAUCAGUGGGCUGCAGGACAGAUAUAAGACAGCUAUGAAGGGUCAAGGCGGACCAACAGAGGACGACUACAGCUUUGCAAGAUACGUACGCUCUGCGAAUGUCGGCUGA